AUGGACUUAAGUCAUCUUUAUCAGUUUCUUUUUCUUGGACUAAUUGAUUUUCAAGAUUUACUAAACUUUUCGUUUCAUCCGUUUUCCAUAGUUAAAGAACCAGCUUUUAAAAAGUUUGCAGGGUGGAUUCCUGGAUAUAAACCGCCAACAAGAAAAACUUUGUCAGGUUCAUUACUUCAGGAAUGUUAUGUCAAAAGUGAGCAAAUUAUUAGAUCACAAGUUGUUAAGGAAGUAGAAAAUAUCUGUAUUACUACUGACCUCUGGACAUCUGGAGUAACUGAGAGUUACUUCGCAUUAACAGGACAAUAUUUAACCGAAAAUUUAGUAUUCAAAACUUUUUUAUUAGGCUGCUGCCUAAUUUUUAAAUACCGUAAAACAGAGUGGCACAUUGUCAUUAUGUACAUUUAUGGAUUCACGAUUUACAGUGCAGAACAAAACAAAAAGUUAAGAAGCUGGUUACUUCUAUAAUUAACGAACAAGAAGAUUGUACUAUUGAAAAU